CCUCCAAACGUCACUUCCGGUGGGUCUGUUGGGAGUUGGCGGUGGUAGUCAAGGCCUAAAUCCGGCCUGCCAAAGGAGAGCCCCAGCUGGUUCCUGCCCCAACCUCAACGCCUUUGGAAGUCAUGGCUUCCCCUCUGAAGCUACAGCAGGAUAUGCAAGGCAAGGUAGACUCGUUUCGGGCCCGUAUUGCCCAGGAGGCCGAGGAGCUGGUAUCAACCUUCUUCCCUCAGAAGCUGUCGGAGCUGGAUAGCCAGGUCCAGGAGCUCUGGCUGCAGGAUUUGUCCCGAAUCCGUUCAGUGCCGGCUCCAGAGCCCCUGGCCACCCCAGACACGGCAGGAGAUGGGCCCAAUCGGGAUUUGCCACCUCUCCAGACCCAGGCCCCGCGCAAAGUACCUGCACUGCCUAGCCGAGAGGGAUGCCUGUUGCGGAGCAACCAGCAUCUGGUGGAGUUGAUUGAGCGGGUUAAGCCUGAGAUUGAGCUGCUGAGAGAGAAGUGCAACACAGUGCGGAUGUGGGUGCAGCUGCUCAUUCCGAAAGUGGAGGACGGCAAUAACUUUGGAGUGUCUAUCCAGGAGGACACCGUGGACCAGCUAUGGACCGUGGAGAGCACUGCGACCUCCUAUCUACGCCGCUUCUCCACCUACUAUAAUACCCGGGCCAAGUUGGUGUCCAAGAUAGUGAAGUACCCGCAGGUGGAAGAUUAUCUCCGCACCAUAGCAGAGGUCGACGAAAAUGAGUAUCUGAGUGUGCGCCAGAUCUUGCUGCACGUCCGGAACCAGUAUGCUACCUUGCAUGAUGUAAUCCUCAAGAACAUUGACAAGAUCAAGACCCCUCGAAGCACCAACACCGACAACCUAUACUGAGGACCUUCCACUGCACUUUUCUGUAGGAGUAGGCUGAGCUGUGUAAACAGCUAGCAGGCUGGUUAUUAAUGACUGCAGGCGGUGCAAGGAUUGGAAAAUGUGUGUUACCUUUUAGUUAGAAUUUUAUGCAGCCUGUGCUCAUACUGAAUCUUCUUAAUGUAAUUUUUUAUUUUUCUUUUAGGGGACAAUUGAAACAAACCAUCUGGUAGAAUGUAGUAAGAUUAGCCAAAGAGAAAGGACUGCCAUUUUAAAAAGCAGCUUUGUAAGUGAACGUUGGUCAGUUUGUGUUACAUUGGUGACAUCGAAUGGUUUCGAGAGGUUACUUAAAAGGCAAAGUUUAAAGGAAAGUUGAAGAUUUUCCUAAAGUGUUCUGCUAAAGGUUACUUUGUUCAAAACUAGUAUGUCCCCUUUACACCAUCGUUGACUUUUUUGCACGGAAAGGAGUUUAAAGUGAUGCGUUUAGGUUAUUGUAUACCUUCAUUUUA